AUGGCCGGCCGCCUACAGCUGUUGCUGCUGCUGGUUGUCGCGCUCGCCGAGAUCUCUGCCCGCCAGCUCUACGAGGGCGACCGCUGCUCCGGGGAUGGCGUCUGCACUCGGCUGCGCCACUGCCCCGAGCUGCUGCAACUGCUCCGCCAGGGCGGGGACCCGCCGCGCUGCGGGUUCGCAGGCUUCGAGGCCGUCGUCUGCUGCCCCAGGCAGGGGCCGCGGGAGGCCGAGCCCGACAGCCGGCUGGCCAGGCCCAGCACCGCCGCGUGCCGAAAUUAUCGAGCAAAUUUCAAUGAAGUUCCGAAGCUCUUCAUUUUAAAUGGUGAAGAAGUUGUCGAGAAGGAAUUUCCUCAUAUGGCGGCGCUGGGCUACCUGCGGCGGGGGUCGGAGCGUCCGUCGUGGCUGUGCGGCGGCUCCCUCAUCAGCCAGCAGUUCGUGCUGACGGCCGCGCACUGCUGCACCAACAGGGUCUGGAAGUCUCCGUCGGUGGUGCAGCUGGGCAGCACGUGGCUGGGCGAGGCGCCGCCGGCGGAGGGCCGGGUCGGCGUGGAGCGCGCGCUGGUGCACCCGGGCUUCCGGCGACCCGCCUUCUACCACGACGUGGCGCUGCUGCGGCUGGAGCGCAAGGUGGCCUACGGCGAGAGCGUGCUGCCCGCCUGCCUGCACGGCGAGCCGCGGCCGCCCCCGGGCCCGCUCACCGUCGCCGGCUGGGGCGCCACCGACCGAGCGGGUUUUAAGUCAAGCGCUAAACUGCUUAAGACUGAGAUCAGUGUACUUCCACUCGAGAGGUGUGAGAAGUACUACCAGAGGAAGUUCCCGGAGGGGCUCAACAACUCCAUCAUCUGCGCGGGGGACCCCGCCGGCAAAUCGGACACUUGCUCGGGCGACUCUGGAGGUCCACUGCAGGUGGAUUUCGACGGCUUGUACACCGUGGUGGGGAUCACCAGCCUGGGGCCCAGCCCAUGUGGGGGCAGCGUGCCAGGGGUGUACACCAGCGUGGCGCACUACCUGGACUGGAUAGAGGAGCACGUCUGGGGCCCAGAAGGGAACUCGUAGUGCCAGCCGAACGGCACGCCCUACACGUUCAUCGACGGGACGCGCUGUCUGAACUGGACAGAGGGCCGUGUCUGGGGCCUGGGAAGGUGCUACUAGCGUCAGCCUGACAGCACAGCCGACACAUUCCCCAGCAUCGCGCGCUGCCUGGACUGGAAAGGGGGGCACGUCUGGGGCACAGGCGGGCACUCGCAGCACCAGCCAGCUGACGCACCCUGCACAUUCAGUAGUGGGAAGCGCCGUCCGGACUGGUUCUGGGAACACGUCUGUAGGCCGGGCAAACACUUGUACAAGAGCAGUGUGGCCUUAUGUGCUGCCACUUGACAAGAUGCAUCCAGGACCCUACACCUGGAUUAAAUCAAGGAACUAGUCAGAAGAGACCAAACACCUGACACACAGCAGUGCAUUCAUAUAACUUGAGAAAUUAGUGGAAACAAUUACCGUAUUGUCGCUGCUUGUCUAGUUACGCACUCCAGAUAAAUAUACAGUGGUAUACAGGGUUAAGCAUCGUGAAGUAACUGUUUACUUAGUCACAAUGCUGGUUAAGAUUUGCGAGAGUUUAGGAGUGAAGUUAUGUAGUAUGUGCAGGAAAAAAAAAAAAAACAUGAAGUGCUCUUUAACUGUCAUGACUUUUCCAAGUCAUUUGCUGUCUCUCAAAGUUUCUGUUUCUUCUGUGGUGUACUGUAACUCUAUCUUCAAAUAUUUCUUUGGUUUUCUAUCCUGCUUGCUUAAUGUACUGACUGAAUAUCAUUGAGGAUAAGCUAUAACUGUGUCUCACUCCCUUCUCAACCACUGCCCCCCUUUGUGCUGUGGAUCUUUCCCACUUAUUGCUAACAGGGUGCCUACAGAAUGCAGCGUUCCCAGAAUGCUAUACAACAGUUUCAGACAAAUAACAUUAGUAGUUCUAUUUUUAGAAAGCAAUUGACAAUACUUAACUUUAGAGAAUACAAACGAGGGGCGACUUGCAAUAUAAUUUAGAGUGCUUGAUAUGUGAACUGUUCAGCCGACACUUUACACACGUCACUGAUAACUAGCGUCCGCGAUCCGGUGCUGAUCUGAGCCGUCCGAGGCUAGCAGGAGCGGAG